AUGGUCGCCACACUCCUCAAGACUGCUGCCGUUGCUGCCGCCGUGCUGGCGGCCACCACCGAGGCGCACAACAAGAUGACGCUGCCGCUGCCGACGUGGCCCGACGGGUUCUACAACCAGAACAGCCCGUCCGGCACCAUCGACCCCACCAACGUGCUGCCUGUCCCGAGCGGAAUGUCGUACAACACGGACCCAGCUUCCAACACGAAGGCGUACUGGACGGCGUUCAACGCCAGCAAGUACACGUCGCUCAAGGAGCUGGCGUGGGACACGCAGACAUUGGCGGACUCGGCUUCGAACGAGUGCGGCUUCUCCCUCAUCGACGGUCGUCGGCGCCGUAAAGGGGGUGAUAUCGAGGACUGGAAUGCUGCCGUCGACUACCCCGACACGCCUGCCAAUCUUCCCUACGACAACUCCAAGUGCGAGGGCGCAGCUGUCCUGACCAGCUACUGGAUUGCUCUCCACACGACGCCCUGGCAAGUGUACACCAACUGCGCUCCCUUGACCGGAGCGUCGGCGUCCUCCAACUCGAGCACCGCGGAGAGCACGACGAAAACUCCGGCCGUUACCACGGCCACUCCUACUGCGGCUACCAAGACUACGGCUCCGACUGCAACGACGGCUACUCCCACCGAAGAUACCACCACCCAGACGACCGCUUCGACGGAGGCUAGCGCGGAAGACGAGUCCGAAACGGGUGACGAGGCCAGCACGGAUGAAGAAGCUGCCGAGACGGAGGCUCCUGCCACGACCACCGCUCCGUCGACGGACAAGUGCUCGGUUCGUCGUCGUCGCCACUAA